CAUGCUCAGAGGGUGAAUCCCCUGGGCGAGCCGGAGGAACACGUUCGGAAGUCCCGCCUUCCUUUCCUCUGUGAACUGUCCCAAAGGAACCGUCGGCUCUCUGCUGUGAUGCCCGUUUUCCGCUCCCCCCGGGACUGGGCCACAGGAAGGUUCAGUGGAUGGAGUUGCCUACCCCUCAGAAAGUCCAAGAGCCCCCAAAGAGCUUUGAAGAAUUCUUAAAGUCUCAGAACUGGGAUUAUUGGCCCAGGGAUGUUCACAUUAGAGAUGGUGAUAUAUGGGAAAACACUCUGAGAAAACUAGAAGAGGCUGUUUCAUAUAAUUCAGUUUAUUCUUAUCUGUGGACCAACGUUCCUAGACUAUAUGAAAUCGUCGACAGCAUGGAGUCAAAGUUAAAGGAAUGUUCACAUCUUUUGCAACAGCAUGCCUCCAGAUUAUUUGAAAGUGACAGACUGAUCUCCAAGAAAAGGACAUAUACAAACCUGGACCGCUACAAGGCAUUUCUAAAAGAACACUAUAGGCGAAAGAAGAUAGUGCUUUCAGAUCAAAUGGAGACAGAGAAGAAUAUAGAGGGUUGCACCUUUUUACUCAAACAAAAUGAGCUGACACAAUUACCCAGACAUUUGGAUGCUAAACAGAUUUAUCUUUAUGUUUUAAGAACCCAUAACCUUGAGGAAAAGGUAUUUAAAGUCUGGAAAACCCACAUUCUCUCAGACUGCUCCAUUGCUCUUUUGCAUGACUGCUUUUGGUGGUGGUUUCUGCAUAAAUUCAAGCCUGACAAAAGAGAUCAAGAUUGGUUAUUUGACAGAAUCGCAGAAAGUUAUGUCACUCUUUUCAUGAGAAUACCUCUAAGGAGAAAGGAUAUAUUCUUUCAGAUGUAUCCCGACUGGUUGGCUCAAGCUGUCUACACAACCUUCCAGGAAUCAUUUCCAGAAUCCUGCAGCCUCUUCAAUGAUAACUUCAAAGAAGACCUAGGAAAUACUAUUUUUCUUUGGUUGUCAGGUCUAAAACCUGCGCCUGGCUUUUGGACCCACUGGAAACUGCAAGACCUCUGCACAACCACCAUUCAUGGCUGCAGGCGUGUACCUGUGAAGUUGAGAAGGGGGAUCAUGUCCAGCCAGGAGCACACAUCAGCCACUGUAGGUCUCAAAAUCGAGGAUAUUUUGAAGAACCCAAGAGCACUGCCUGUACUCAAGGAAGAGUCUGCAGCAUCAAAAGUGACAACCAAGGUCUUAGGCGUGGCCCUGGAGAAGAUGACACUGGAGACGCUGCUUUCCUGAGUACCACGGUUUAACUCCUCUGCGGUUUGCUUGCUUGCUUGCUUGUUUUGUUUUAAGGGAAUAAGAGGUAGUUUAUUGUGGAGUCAUUUUGAGUGACUGUGGCCUGAGAACACAGAUUUAGGUUUCCCCAGAUCCCAUGUUCCAUUGUGGAAGUAGUUUCAUGAAGUUUCAUACUUUUAUAAAACAGAGAAAGUCUUGAACCAAGGUAAUUUUAAAAUUCACAGGUAGGCACAUCAGAGAGUGCGUACGGCUAAAUGGAGAAGAUUUUCCAGAGGCUCCAAAAUGCUGUCUGUUGACACUCUUAGCUUUGGGGUUGAUGGAUGCUAGUGUCUGCUAAGUUAAUAGAUUCCAAAGGGAUUUUAUCUAUUAGCUACAUGUUAGUUCUGACAUGGAGAUAGGCAUGUGUGACUGUUCUGAGGGCUAAAGCUAGCCUGGGACAAUUAACCCCACACCCACUCCCCACACUGUCCCUCCACCCCCACAUGCUCCCUCCCUGCAGCAUUGCAGUCUCCCCGGUACUCAGGUUAUAAUCAGGCAGGCUCAGUCUCUGCAGACAGUGUCUUUGCAGUUUUAUUCACAGCUCCCCCUGUUGGACAAGCAUCACAGUCUGUGCAUGCAGGGGCCCCGUAUUAUUUAUUAAAUAUUAUAAAGUCCCUCGGAGACCAGAAGGCUCAUCAUCCUUCAGAUGCGGCUGAGUACUUGAGUACUCAGGAUGGCAUCUUCAGCAGAGAGGACUAGCUGUCAGAGGCCAUCAAGAAAGACACUCUGGUUUGUAGCCCAAGUCCCUGGGAGGAGCCUCUCAGGGAGCAAUGCCACAGUCAGCACUGUGUUACUUUAGUCAAGAUUAGAUUCCUUCACUGGCUUAAAACUCUGAAGUCGAUCUCUUCAUUUAUAACUAGUCAGAUUUUAAAUUUUUACACUCUUUCUUGACAAAAUUUUAAUUUACCUUAAUGGGUCUGACGAUUAUUUAGGAAUGGAAAUUAUGUCCAUAUCAAAUCAAUUUUCUUCAUUUAUGUAUUCACAUAUUUUCUGGUUUUUAACAAUAGUGAAAUCUCUUCCUACCUUAAAUAUUUAGCAAAUUUUUGAGUCCCAAAUUGAAAUUGGUGGGAGUUUAUCUGGACAGAUGGUAUGUCAUACCUCUUUCCUUUACGGCCAGACUGAAAACCUGAAGAAUGUAAUAGAACUACACUGUUCUCGCCUGCACGUCCUCCUCUGGGGGCAGAGGGACUGUAAGAGGCUGAGCAGCCAUUCCCAGAGCCACGUUAGAAGCAAAGCAGUGUCUGCGCCACCGCUCGGCCCUGGGUCUUAUCUCUCACUGCCACUGAAAAGGUCGAGCCCUAAGUUUAUGGUUUAAAUAGCAGGAGUUUAGCACAGUUUGGAAAGCCCAAGACCCCAAGACCUCAAGCCUGCCAUUGUGCUUCCUACUGGGGAGGAGGGCUCCCAUCUCGGCUUGUGCCUGGAUCUGAGAUGUCCCCAAGUGCUGAAGGCUUGUCCCUAGCUGGGGUGCUGUUGGAGGAAAACAGUGGGUGAUGGAAGAUGAUGGGAUCCAGCUAGAGGAAGUAUGUCACUGGAGACAUAACUUGGAAGGAUGUUUACCUAUCUGUCUGUCUCUGUCUCUCUGUCUAUCUCCCUGUCUCCCUCUGUCUCACCCCUCUCCUUUCUGUUUUUCAGACUGAAUAAAAUCAAUUGACUGAUACUCAGCUUUGAUGUUUAACAAAAGCCUAAAAAGGAAAGCACUGUGCUAGGCAAGAAUAUGUGAGGCUUGGAAAGACAAACAUUGCCCAUUUUCUCUCCCAUGUAGAAUCUGGAUUUAAACAGAAAUGAGUGUCUAUGCCUAUAUAGGCAUGAAAGUGAAUGGGGCUAAGGAAGAGUUGUAAAAGGAGGAGAUGGGGAGAACAAGGAAGGCAAAUAGGAAGGAGGAAAGAAAAAUCCUACAUUCAAUUGGGAUCUAGUUGUGUGGUGAGGGGGACAAUAGAAGAGGGAGGGAAUAUUGAGUUACAAGUUGAGGGGGUCAGAAUAUUGUGAUAGCUAUGAAUGAAUAUAAGCAAGAUACAAUGAUCUAUUUGUCAUGAGACUGAUUAUCUAUCGAUAGCUGAUACAUUAAUAAUAGGUUAUGGGUGAUAGAUGGGAGAAUGGACAGACAGAUGGAUGAUGGAUAGACAAAAUUAGAAAAUAGUAUUCUGAAAGAACACUCAUUGUAAGCACUCAUAGCCUGAGAUUCUGGAAAAUGCUUUGUGUUAAGAAGGAUGAAGAGAUUAAGUGCACUGGCUGCUCUUGCAGACGGCCUGGGUUCUGCUUUCAGGACCCACAUGAUGUCACAGCCAUUGGGUGUUCCAGCGCUGCCUUCUGGCCUCUGCUGGCACUGCACGCAUAUAGGGGGCAUACAUAGUACAGACAAAACACAAACAUGAAAAUAGUAAGAUAUUUAAAGAAUGCUUUAUAGAAUUUUCUUUUGUGUAUGUUGAUACAUCCCUUGGGAAUUUUCUUCAUAGAUACCAUGUAAGUUAUCUACAGUUCAUUAAGAACAGAGAAGUGGUCAAUGAC